AUGUCUUCCGGUGCCAACGUCCUCCGCUGGUCAGCACUCGGCCUCGGUGUCGCAUACGGUUUCUACCACCAGUCCGCCAUCACCGCUGCCGACAAGCUCCGCGAGAACCAAAAGGUCUACGAGCACAAGCAGUCUCUCAUCAACCAGGCCCGUCAGAAGUACCAGGAGAAGAACGCUCCCAAGUCAAAGUCCGGUGUCGUUUCCGACCCCAGCGACCCCAAGUUCGACCUGGAACUUUGGCUCAAGUCGGUCCAAUAG